AAAGCUCAAGCUGGAGCAGAUGUCCCCUGGGCAAGAUUGAGGGACUUGCCAGGAUCUGUGGUAGCUGAGAAUUGGGGAUGCACAAGCAUUUAAUCAUCAUUCACCCUUUGUGCUGUGCUCACCGGUGUCUUGUUCUGAAGUGGUGAUGGGGAAGAACUCCCAGAGCCCACUCUGUGUUAUUUUUAAUAACAUUUUGGGGUCUAGGAAAUCUAGCAAUUAGCAUCAGCCCCCCUCUGCGACUGACCUGCACGAUGUGCCGGGGCAAGCCACUUCACUCGAUUCUCUGAAAAACGUAUUUUCCCCGCUUUUGGCUGAUUCCUACCUUUUCGGCGGAGGAGCGCUGCGAGGAGCCCUGCGGCCUCGGGGCGGGCCCGCGGGGAAAGCACAGAUAAAAAUGGAAAAGACUCAGCUAUCCAGCUUGACGUUUCUGCCUAAGACCCCAGCAGCCGAGCAGAUGAAGCGUUUCUCCUAAAUGAAGGGACUGAGUGAGAUGCACAGCUGAUAGUUUCUUCCCUGUUCUAGGCUUGGCUCUGUCAUUGACCUCUUUGGUGACCACAGGCAAUUUCCUGCCCCUUCGCUUUCCCUUCUAAAAUGGUUUCCUGCAUCCUACAGGUAAAUUUUAAUUAACGCAGGCAAAAGGGCCUCCAGUCUUUGGAGAGGGUUUGAAAAAAUCUUGCCUGAAUGUUUCUGAGUGUUGUUCUGCUUCUAGCUGCUCAGCAUGUCUUGGCUGCUCCAGCUCUGCACGCUCUGACCAUGAGCAGCAAUUCCUCCCUCAGCAACGUGAAGGGCCUGAGGAACCUUACCACGCACGACGAUGGGGCGGUCAGAGUGACGGAGUCCGUUGCUAUCAUCGUCAUUGCUAUCUUCAUCUGUUUGGGCAACCUGGUGAUUGUUGUCACGCUCUAUCGGAAGUCUUACCUUCUCACGCUGAGCAACAAGUUUGUGUUCAGCCUGACCCUCUCCAACUUUCUACUCUCUGUGCUGGUGCUGCCUUUUGUUGUCACCAGCUCCAUCAGGCGGGAAUGGAUCUUCGGAGUUGUUUGGUGCAAUUUCUCAGCCCUGGUCUACAUGCUGAUCAGCUCAGCCAGCAUGCUUACACUCGGACUCAUAGCUAUAGACCGGUACUAUGCUGUGCUGUACCCGAUGGUUUACCCGAUGAAGAUAACAGGCAACAGAGCGGUGGUAGCUCUUGUGUAUGUGUGGCUACAUUCCCUCAUUGGCUGCCUCCCUCCCCUUUUUGGCUGGUCAUCCUUGGAGUUUGACCAGUUCAAGUGGAUGUGUGUGGCGGCCUGGCAUAAAGAGGCUGGCUACACUGCCUUCUGGCAGAUCUGGUGCGCGUUGCUGCCUUUUGUGGUCAUGAUGAUCUGCUAUGGAUUCAUUUUCCGCGUGGCAAGGAUUAAGGCCCGCAAAAUCCACUGUGGCAGCGUCAUCAUCGUGGAGGAGGACUCCCAGAGGAACGGGAGGAAGAACUCCAGCACCUCCACGUCUUCGUCUGGCAGCCGAAGGAAUGCUUUCCAAGGGGUUGUUUACUCAGCCAACCAGUGCAAAGCUUUCAUCACCAUCUUGGUUGUCAUCGGUGCUUUCGUCAUUACAUGGGGGCCUUACAUGGUAGUAAUUACCUCAGAGGCACUUUGGGGAAAAAACAGUAUUUCCCCAGCCUUGGAGACAUUAGCUACGUGGUUGUCCUUUUCCAGUGCCAUUUGCCAUCCACUAAUUUAUGGACUGUGGAACAAGACAGUGCGCAAGGAGCUACUGGGAAUGUGCUUUGGGGAUCGGUAUUACCGUGAGUCCUUUGUUCAGCGCCACAGGACAUCCAGGUUAUUCAGCAUUUCCAAUAGGAUCACAGAUCUGGGUCUAUCUCCUCAUCUCACUGCCCUCAUGGCAGGUGGGCGGCCGUUAGGAAACAGCAGCAGCACAGGAGACACAGGCUUCAGCUGCUCACAGGAUUCAGGAACAGAUGCAAUGCUUCUUGAAGAUUAUAGUUCAGAUGGCCCUCAUGCCCCACACUGCAUCUGUCCUCCUCGAAGGAGGAGUUCAGUGACAUUUGAAGAUGAAGUGGAGCAAAUUAAAGAAGCUGCAAAGAAUUCUGUUCUUCACGUAAAAGCCGAAGUCCAUAAAUCUCUGGACAGUUAUGCAUCCAGUUUAGCAAAAGCUAUUGAAGCUGAUGUGAAAAUCAGCUUGUUUGGGGAAGAUGCUUUACCAGGAGCUCUGUUGUUCCCUGUGCGGGCUCUGCCAGCAGGCAGUAUGAACACACGGCGUGGUGUCAGGCCCCACGCUGACAAGAGACUUAAGUUGCAGAGCAUCGAUGAAGGGAAUAUUUGACAGGAGCAUUGGAGUAAGAGAGCAGAAUGAAACCACUGAAUGGGAUCUAUGACAGCUGUUAGUGCUUCUACAGAACCAGGACACCUUGUCAGGGUAUUUUAAGUGUUUUUUCAACACUUGAAAACCAGCUGAAUUCUGGUACUUACAUCAGCAUUUGUUUACAGUUUAGGGUGCUGUUGACUCUUUUGUGCCAUGUCUUAAAUCUGCCACACAGUGCAUGGGAAUGACCAGAUCAUUAAUCUGUUGGAUCUUGGGUCCGUUAUUGGCCAAAGCCGAUACAGGAAUGAAAAAGGAAAAGCAUGUGCAGUGUUUAAUUCAUUGAUCCUUUUCUGACCACCAGGAUAAUCAGUUUAUACUUGAUAGCUGGAGUGCUCUGAUAGGAACUCAUGCAGUGGAUAUUACGUACAACCUUACAGUCACAGACUCCCAAAUGAGGAGCAUGGACUUCACUAAGGGCAAAACCUGAACUUUUUUGAGAACUCAUGCUAAUUAUGGUCCUACUUACCCUUGCUAGCAGGUAUUUCUGGCUGUUUGGCCAUCAGAAUGCUAGAUCUGCAAGCAGACCGUGCGUUGCUCCUGCAUUAUGAGACACCAGCUUCUCUAGAUGUGUGUGGGAGCAGACCUGUGCUGGAAAUACUGCAAAGAUGCUAUUUGAGGAAAUCAUCAGUGCAGGGUUCUUAAGUUUCUCUGAGAACCUCACUUCCCUGUUUUUUCUUUUGCUAGAAGGGCACUCUGCAGCUGUGCUAAGCUUGACAGAAUAUAAAUAAGGUAUUACCACUUCAUAUUCAGGAUUCAUCUUUUCUAGAGUGAGCAGUUCUGUAAGUUGGUUUUUGGUUUUUUUAAUCAUGAGGGAAUGUAGUAUUUAAGCUAUAGUUACCUCAGUGCAUAUAUUUCUUGGAGUAUUAACUCAUUACUCUCUAAAAUAAGAACAUUUGGCACUUCUAUUGCACUUUGCCUGUUCUUAAGCACUGUACAGAUGUUAUCUUGUUAGGCCUUUCUGAACAGGUUGGUCAGCUGUGCUUGCCAAAGAAGGGGGAAGCUUGGCAACAGUCAAGCUGCUGGCAGUGAAAUGAGCUGCAAAGGUGGAAAGGUUUGUGACAAAAAGAGGGAUGAGGCAGAUUGUACAAGUGUGCCUGGCUUGAGGAACCUUUCCGUGCCUUCCCAGGCUGGCCUCUUCCUUCCUUUGUGGGGUUACAGCCUUGCCUUACUGCUUAUCUCAGAGAGGGAGAUGUAAGUGAAUAGGGUCAUUUCUUGGGGGUGGGUGUCAGUAGCCAAUGGAUUUAAGGACCAAGGAUUUUCAUUGUUUACUCCAUGUUCUCGCCCGUGCCUCCACCUUUCCCCAGAAGUGGUUUGUACAAGUUUUUGCUGUAGAAUGUUUGGGAAUCGGGCGCAGGACGUUUCCAUCUGGGCAAAAACUGGGUGUACUGUACGCUUGUUAAAUUAUGACUCGUUCAGAGGCACAGAAACAAACCAUUUUUGAGGCAGAGCCUCUGUCCAGUACUGUGCUUAGACAUCCUAUUUGUGUUCCCAACUCAGAAAUACAGUUCAGCACAAGCUUAUGUCCAUCUCUGGACAAAGCAGCUUGACUUUAUGAACUAGCCUGAAUCCCGUUACAUUCCCAUGUAGGAUAGAACUGCAUGCUUAAAAUUCAGUACGUGGUUUGCUGAUUAAGAACAGGCUGUUAAAGCAAGAACACUUAAGCACCAGUAAGAUGACUCCUUGUGUAAUACAGGAAUUAAACAGCUAAUAAUAGUGAGGCCCUCACUGCUGUAUAUUUUGCUUUUAGUGUGUUAGAUAAAUUGGCACCUGUGGGCAAUCAUUGAAAAAUAAUUAAAAAUCCCAGUAUUAGCCAGGAAACGCCCUGCACUGAGGUCAUUAUUGUGAUCAUUACACAGUUGCUCAUAGUACUCAGCACUUCUUAAGGUAUAUACUUGCCUUAGAUGACUUGUUUUAUCUGCAUCCCUUUUAUUGCGUAUUCCAGCUUCAAAACCAGUCGAGCAAAGUUGUUGCUGGAUGUGAAAAGGGCAUGGGUGAGUGUGAAUUCAUUGUGGUGGGGUCAGUGCUAGCUGAAAACGAUGUAUAUUAGGAGGAAAAAUUCCGAGGCACGUGUGAAAGCACGUUUUUCACACAGGUGCUGAGCCAAAUGCAGCCUUCAGGCAGGUCAGUGGCGUUGCACCAGUUUACACCAUGAUUUGGCUGUCAGUGUUGGUUUCACUAAUCUGUUAUUUAGUGUAAAUGUUGUUAAUGUUUUUGUUACACACGUUAUAAACUUUCCAUAAUUCUGUUAUUACCAGAGUCAGUAUCUCACCUGAAUUGUUGUUAACAAAAGCAGUAAUAAAGAAAUGCACACGUUUUGUAAAAUUGUAUUUCCCACCUUAAAUACAAAAGGAA